UGGGUUUGAAAGUAAUCGCAGGCUCAAUGUUUUCGUUUGGCGCGAAAAUUUUGUCCGCCAUCUUCGUUCAUUUUUCUGCAUGCAUCUUUGGUGAUUUGGCAAAUUUUCAGUCGAUAACAUGAGUCUAUGGGUGGAUAAAUAUCGUCCAACUUCCUUGUCAAAACUAGAUUAUCACAAGGAGCUUGCAACUCAUUUAAAAAAACUGGUGCAUUGUGGAGAUUUCCCACAUUUGCUAGUUUAUGGCCCUUCAGGGGCUGGGAAAAAGACAAGGAUAAUGUGCAUACUUAGAGAGCUCUAUGGUGCUGGUGUGGAGAAAUUAAAGAUUGAACAACAGAGUUUCACUACUCCUUCAAAGAAGAAAAUUGAAAUGUCGACAAUUGGCAGUGCUUAUCACUUAGAGAUAAAUCCAAGUGAUGCAGGGAUUCAUGAUCGUGUUGUGAUCCAGGAACUUAUCAAGACUGUCGCUCAAUCACACCAGCUAGAAUCAUCAACACAGAAAGAAUUUAAAGUGGUAGUGUUGACAGAAGUGGACAGACUUACAAAGGAUGCCCAACACUCUUUGCGUAGGACUAUGGAGAAGUACACAGCAACAUGUCGACUAAUCCUGUGUUGUAACUCAACAAGCAAAGUUAUUCCAGCCAUUCGCAGCCGUUGUUUAGGAGUCAGGGUUGCAGCACCUACAGUCGAGGAGAUUAGUCAAAUAUUGCACAAUGUUUGUAAAAAGGAGGGCCUUAGUCUUCCAGCAGAACUUUCCAAGAGAAUUGCUGAGAAAUCCAACAGGAAUUUACGAAGGGCCUUGCUGAUGUGUGAAGCUUGCAGAGUUCAACAAUACCCAUUCACACCUGACCAACCUGUUCAAGAGGCAGACUGGGAAGUAUAUUUAAGAGAAACAGCACAGCAGAUUGUCGAGCAACAAACACCCAAAAGGUUGCUGGAAAUAAGAAGUAGACUCUAUGAACUCCUGACCCACUGUAUUCCACCCGAUAUCAUACUAAAGGGUUUGAUAACUGAACUGGUGACCAACUGUGAUGGCAGUCUGAAGACUGAAGUAACAAACAUGGCUGCUCACUAUGAACAUCGUGUUCACCAAGGAAACAAAGCCAUCUACCAUCUUGAAGCGUUUGUAGCCAAGUUUAUGAGUAUCUACAAGCGGUUCCUGGAGGAAGGGAUGGCCGAGUUCUUCUAAGAGAACAGAUUAGCUUUUGGUGACAUUUGAAUUGGUAAAACCACAGCUUGCCGAAGUAACGGCUGUACAUUGUAAUGAGGCGGAGGAAAAGUAUGAAGCAAUAAACGAACAGUUUGGACUUAAA